AACUGUAGGUAUUGGUAAUUAAAUGUUUAAACAGAUGAGAAAGAGGGGAUGAGCUGAGUAUUAUCGUGUGAAGCAGAGCAUUGAAGAGGACUAUAUAUGCUGCCUCUUCGCCCUGGGGAAGAUAGUCAGUGCCUAACCCAGCUAGGACGUCGCUCUACUUUGCCUUCUCACACAACACAUCUCGAGAGAUGACUGAAGAUGACGUGGCAGCACUGGUGGUGGACAACGGUUCAGGAAUGUGCAAAGCGGGAUUCGCAGGAGACGAUGCUCCUCGGGCCGUGUUCCCGUCCAUCGUCGGCCGGCCGAGGUACCAGGGCAUCAUGGUGGGAAUGGGUCAGAAGGACAGCUACGUCGGCGACGAGGCCCAGAGCAAAAGAGGAAUACUCACCGUCAAGUACCCGAUAGAGCACGGGAUUGUGACCAACUGGGACGACAUGGAGAAGAUUUGGCACCACACCUUCUACAACGAGCUGAGGAUAGCCCCGGAGGAGCACCCGGUACUCCUCACGGAGGCUCCCCUCAACCCCAAGGCCAACCGGGAGAAGAUGACUCAGAUUAUGUUUGAGACGUUCAACACCCCAGCGAUGUACGUCGCGAUCCAGGCAGUGCUGUCCCUCUACGCUUCCGGAAGGACGACUGGUAUCGUCCUAGAUUCUGGAGACGGAGUAUCCCAUACAGUCCCAAUAUACGAAGGGUAUGCCUUGCCUCACGCCAUUUUAAGACUGGACCUCGCCGGACGAGACUUGACUGACUUCUUGAUGAAGAUUUUGACCGAAAGAGGGUAUUCGUUCACGACCACCGCCGAGCGAGAAAUCGUUCGCGAUAUCAAGGAGAAGCUCUGCUACAUCGCCCUCGACUUUGAGCAGGAGAUGGCGACGGCCGCAGCGUCGACUUCUUUGGAAAGAAGUUACGAACUGCCUGACGGCCAGGUAAUUACUAUAGGUAAUGAGAGGUUCAGGUGUCCAGAGGCAAUGUUCCAACCAUCCUUCUUGGGGAUGGAGUCCUCUGGAGUACACGAGACGACGUAUUCCUCGAUCAUGAAGUGCGAUGUGGAUAUCAGGAAGGACUUGUAUGCCAACACUGUUCUCUCAGGAGGAUCAACUAUGUAUCCAGGUAUCGCCGAUCGUAUGCAGAAGGAAAUAACAGCACUCGCUCCAGCUACGAUGAAGAUCAAGAUCAUCUCGCCUCCUGAGAGGAAGUACUCAGUCUGGAUCGGUGGAUCUAUCCUUGCUUCCUUGUCCACCUUCCAACAGAUGUGGGUAUCCAAGCAGGAGUAUGACGAAUCCGGACCUGCCAUCGUGCAUAGGAAGUGUUUUUAAAACUGCUGAGAGGAAAUUGAGGAAAUGCUUCCAUGAGGUGCGAACCCCUGCAGGAUCUGCUGGACUACCCAAAUUCGACUCCAACGAGGAGCCUAAGCCUGUAUUUAUUCUUCCUUCGUUCUUCCAUUUAUUCCUGUUCUAUUUAUUUUGUAAAUUGUUAACAUUAAUAAAUAAUUGUUGGUGAUCAA